AUGUGGCCAUUCAAAACAACCCAAGUCAAACAACCAGAAGGAAUUUACAUUGCCCAAUCUCUUCCUACACCCUAUUCACUUGGAGCCAAUCGAGAGGUUCAUCUUUUCUCGGAUCCUUCCACUCCAACGCAAUAUCUAAAAAUUGAAAUUUUCUCCAUCAGUGACCAAGAUUCUAUUCGUUCACUCGCUACGAAAGGCAUGUAUGUAACUGCCAGUGCCAAUGUCUAUUCUUCGACCAAUCAAGAAGAGAGUAUCGAGAGCUUGAAGUCUGAUCAUCUCUUGUAUCAAUAUUGUCAUUCGUAUGGACCUUGUUCAAACAAGUCUAUCUAUUACAAAAAGCUUGCUUUCGACAAUUCGGAACAAACACUUCAAGGAAGAUUUGGGAAGGUUUUCUUUGAGGCUAUUAAAUAUGAUUUGGGCUUGCAGUGA